CAUUUUCUUCGAGGGGUUUUUUCCUUUCUUUUUUUUCCCCCUUUUUUUCGGUUUUUCAUUUUUCAUUUUUUUUUUCAUCUUCUUCCUCCCUCGUUUCCCUUGUAAUUUCAUCUUCGUCUCCCUGAAACCCUAACCCUAAAAUUGCAAUUGCACAGCAAUUUGUAUAAAAUCCUCAAUUCUCCGCGUUGUGUGAGGAGGAUAAUAUGGAACAGCAGAGGUUCAAGCAGCAAGCCAUGAUACAGCAGUCGCUUUACCAACACCCUGCCCUCGUAGCUGCCCCUCAGAUAGAGCCUAUCUUGAGUGGAAAUCUGCCUCCUGGGUUUGAUUCAAGUACUUGCCGCAGUGUUUAUGUUGGAAAUAUUCACCCACAAGUUACUGAACCCCUUAUGCAAGAAGUCUUUGCCAGUACUGGUCCACUUGAAGGAUGCAAGCUCAUAAGGAAGGAUAAGUCAUCCUAUGGAUUUGUUGACUACUUUGAUCGUAGGUCAGCUGCUCUUGCUAUUGUGACUCUUAAUGGCAGGCAUCUGUUUGGGCAGCCGAUUAAAGUUAAUUGGGCAUAUGCAAGUAGUCAGAGAGAGGAUACAUCAGGUCACUUUAAUAUUUUUGUUGGUGAUCUUAGCCCUGAGGUUACUGAUGCUACACUGUUUGCAUGUUUUUCUGGUUAUUCUAGUUGUUCAGAUGCUAGAGUUAUGUGGGAUCAGAAAACUGGGCGUUCAAGGGGCUUUGGGUUUGUUUCUUUCCGAAAUCAGCAGGAGGCCCAAAGUGCAAUUAAUGACUUAAAUGGAAAGUGGCUUGGAAGUAGACAGAUUCGGUGCAAUUGGGCCACAAAAGGUGCUACUUCCAAUGAUGACAAGCAGAGUUCUGAUUCUAAAAAUGUUGUAGAGCUGACGAAUGGAACAUCAGACGAUGGUCAGGAGAAGCCUAAUGAAGAUGCUCCAGAGAACAAUCCUCAGUAUACUACGGUUUAUGUGGGCAAUCUGGCUCCUGAGGUUACUUCAGUUGACCUUCAUCGUCAUUUCCAUGGCCUUGGUGCUGGAGUUAUUGAAGAUGUUCGGGUGCAGCGAGAUAAAGGUUUUGGGUUUGUGAGAUACAGUACCCAUUCUGAAGCAGCUGUGGCCAUCCAGUUGGGGAAUGCUAGGUUUCUCUGUGGCAAACCAAUUAAGUGUUCAUGGGGCAGCAAGCCUACUCCACCAGGGACAAGCUCAACCCCCCUGCCGCCACCAGCUGCAGUUCACAUGCCAGGCUUCUCAGCCGCUGACCUUGUGGCCUAUGAAAGACAAAUGGCAUUGAGCAAAAUGGGUGGUGCGCAAGCCCUCAUGCUUCCGCAGGGUCAGCAUGCUCUGAAGGCAGCCAUGGGGAUGGGUGGUGGAGCCAGUCAGGCCAUAUACGACGGUGGCUACCAUAAUGUAGCAACAACUCAGCAACUCAUGUACUACCAGUAAUUAUGAUUCGGAAACCCCCCGAUAUACCACGACACUGAGGAAUAAGUGUUUGAGAAAACCUGUAGGAAGUGUAAACGUUUUUCGGUUCCCCCUUUUUUAUUUCGUUUGAAGAUUUGUUUUCUUUGUAUUUUUUUAGAUUUUUAUGUGUUUUUAUAACUUAUACCUGCGCUGUGUAUGGCUACUAUGGUUUAUGUUUCUAACAUUUGGGGGUUAUGACCUGACUCAGUUUAGCAUAAUCUUAUUUACAGCUUUCUAUUAGCGAGUUA